AUGUCCCUCCACCUCUAUAAGCCACUGGGUGACAAUGACCACGCCAUCCGUCUGGACGCUGCGACGGCACUGGCCUCGGAACUCCUGCAAUUGCUCUCGAGUGAGUAUUCGGAAAAGUCUAAAUCAUCCCUUGAUUAUGCCCUCGGCCGGUUAACGAAGGGCCUGGCCAGUGGGCGGGGGUCGGCGAGGCCGGGGUUUGCGGCCGUGCUCACGGAGGUUGGCGAUAUUCCUCUUUUUGUCUUUCUGGAAUUGGGCGAUUGGGAGGGCUUUGUUUUACUGAUGGGAGGAUAUAUGUUUGUGGGUGGUCUUUAGUUUCUUGGACACAUUUUGGAAACCGGGAAUGCCGCAAAAUGGGGGUUUGAAUUGGCAGGGGUGAUUAAGCUUGUUGUUGUCAACACCCAGCCGCCGGGGCAUACUACGGGGCCGGAAGAGAGAGAUUAUCAUCUUGGGAGGUUGUUCGGACUGAAGGCUCUUGUGCAGUCUGGGGUUCUCUUCCGCAGGGUGGAGGGAGAGGGGUAUGCAGAGGUCUUGAAGUUCUUGUUUGAGCUGUCUGUGCAAAAGCGGUGGCUGAGGGAGUCUUGUGCAUCGAUUGUGUGCUCGGCGGUACCUGGCUGGUCGGGUGAAACGAAACAGUGGGCCGCAAAGGUUACCUAUGACGCAUUGGCGGAGUCCGGGCUGGCGAAGACGAGUGACGGGACGGCUGUGUGGCUGAUUCUCCAGGCGCACUGCCCGAGCGUUCUCCCACCGGGGAAUCACUGGAUGAAGGAGUGCCCACUGGCGAGGCCGAAUUUGGCCGCGUUAGCGAAGGUUCUCAAGGAGGCCGGGUCCAAGGAUGAAGAGGGGGGGGAUAUACGACAGAAGGGCUCUUGGAACCCAAAGCUUAAUUUUGUCUGGGAUUUAGUGCUUGAAGUUUAUCACGGAGAGGGCAAAGAGUGGGGGGAGUUUCGGGAACGAGAAGCCUCCGCAAUGCCUACGUGGGAGGAGUUCUGGAAGGUUGCCAUAGAUGGUAGGUUUUUUCCGCACACUAUCACUUGCUUCAAUAUUCGAGGUUCCUUGUACCACGCGGACAAAACCACCAGUGCCUAUCAGAUGAAUCUCCUUGCGGGGACUAUCCUAUGGCAACAGUGGCAUGUGGGGGUUACUGACGUAGUGGGAGAUUGAAGCGGCUGCCAGCUCCACCCUGAACAUUCCCUGAUGAAGAAUUCGGGACUAAUGAUUGGCGGACAAAUAGCCAUACCUGUUGAAAAGGCGGGAGUCACUAACAUGUCAUUUUUUACUUAGAAAGCCUGUUCUCCGCCUCCUCUUCCAACGAGCGAAAGUUCUGGGGGUUUCUCAUAUUCGGGAAAGCACUCAGUCGGAUUUUUGCUUUCCCUGAUGGUGGAUCAUAUCUUGCGCCAAUGUUCUCCAAGAACUUUAUGCGAUGCUUGAUAAACCAGUUAUCGGAUCCAGAACGGUACUUGCACAAGGCUGCACAGAAGUGCGCGAGGACACUGUUACAGAGGGCUGAAUCAACUCCGUGGGCCGUGCCUCUGAUAUUUGCGCAGUUGGUCUCAAAUAAUGGCACGCCUAACUUUGACUCGCUGACGAGGACGAAGUACGUUGAUAAGAUUAUGAUACUGGCAGACAAAGACGGGCUCGGUGCGAUUAUUGGAGAGUUCAGGAAGAUCUUAUUGGAUCCUCUUGGGUCGGGAGGGGAUGGUUGCUCGGGGGAGGAGGGCCAGCAACAGAAGGUGAAAACUGCUGAAGUUAGGCGACAGUGGGCGGCGGACCAGAUACUCACCCUCAUUCGGAAUGGGAAAUCCGUAAAAGCGGAAUCAUGGAUUAAGAGAGCCGUAUCUCUACUCGCAGGCUUCGGCUUCCUUGAGGCACCGGUUCGCGGGGCCGAACUGGGAAUACCGGUGUCACCUACUAGCCAGGCAAUGUUCAGAUCCAGACUCAUGUCCUGCCUAUCCCACCUGCUCGGUAUCAAGGAUAAUAUCUCUGGCGACGAGACAUGGCCGUACCGUGCAGUCAAGAAAGCCCUCAAUAUCAAAGACACGCUAGUGCUCGAGCUCGACGACACCAUCGAAAUAUCAAUAAAGAAGGCCCAAUCAACCCUCAAGGAAAUAAACAAAAAGGUAAGACCUUCCCCAUUUGAUAUAAUCACUGUCAUAAACAAUCACUAACAGUCACUCGCAGCGCACCUCCGCCCGAAAAUCCGACAAGACCAAGAGAGCCACCCAGCUAGAGUCCUUCGAACUCCUCUACUCCCUCAUCGUCCUACAGAUCCUGAACGGUGAAGCGGACGCGCUGGAGGUCCUCGGCGAGCUAAACCUUUGCUACGAGAAGGUCAUUACGAAGCGGAAACAUGCAACGGAGGAUGAAGUCGAUGCUGGUGAAAUUUUGGUGGAGAUCCUGCUAAGCUUCUUGUCGAAGCCAAGUGUUCUGCUGCGAAAGCUGGCACAGCAAGUGUUCACGACGUUUGUUGACAGUGUUACCGAUGCUGGCUUGGAACUUUUGACUAAUGUACUCGAGACGAAGGAGAGUCUGGGUGGACAGCAGGAGCUUUUCGAUAAGGACGAUGAGGAUGAAGGUAGUGAUGAAGCCAUGGACGAUGGAGCCGACGACGUCGGGGAAGUAAGUGCCUCCACCGAAGGCUCGGACGAAGACUCAGACGAAAUGGACUCGGAGGUAGAAAUGAUCUCCCCCUCGCCCUCCUCCCAAGGGGGCGAGGCCGCCACCGACACCGACACCGACAACGACGAAACGGCAAAGCUUGAGGCCGCCCUAAACCACGCACUGACCCCGCACGCGCCAAAAGCUGACUCCGACUCCGACAUGUCCGACGGCGCAAUGCUAAACCUGGACGAAACACUCUCCAAGAUAUUCCGCCAACGCACUAGACUCCCCUCCACCUCUAAAAAACGAUCCGAGAAGGUCGCUAAACAAAACAUUACGAAUUUCAAAGUCCGAGUAUUAGAUUUACUCGAGAUUUUCGCUAAGGCUGAUAAAAAGCGGAGGAAGGGGGAGGUAAGGCAUGAUCCUGGGGUGCUGUUGUUGCCGCUGCUGGCGUGCGUUAGGAAGACUGGUGACCGGGCUGUUGCCGAGAGGUGUUUUGGAGUUUUGAAGAUUUGUUUGAGGAAUCCGCCUCCGCUCCACUCCUCCUCGCUAGGGGAGGAGGAGAGGCUGUGGGCUUUGUUGAAAGAGGUGCACGAACUCGCAGAAUUGGACCCUGGCUCGGCCGGGAGGGACAAGUACGCGAAGGCCUGUUCUACCGCUUCGCUGAUUUUGGGAAAGAUAUUGGUUGGCGGCGGGAGCGAGGGGGUGCAGGAGGAAGCGUUUGAAGAGAGGGUUAGAAGGAUUGCCGGGGUUUACGCGGAGACUUUGACCAAGUGGGUGGUUGGGGGUGGCGGCACGGGAGUGCAGAGGGGUUUUUUUGUGGAGUUUGUGGAUUGGGUUGUGGGGGUGAGGGGUGGGAAGGGUAAGGGUAAGGUUAUUGGGAAAGGAAAAGGGAAGGGGAAGGGGAAGGGGAAGAAGGGUGUGUGA